AUGGUAGAAAAGCCGCAACAACCGGCGAUAAUCGCCUCCUCUACGAUAUUUCACGACGCCCGAUUGGAGCAAAGACAAAUCCAAUUCAACUUAAUCCGUGCUGAUACGGUCGUAAACUCUGAUCAUGAAGAUUCCGACGCCGGUGUUGUGAUGCAGUCCGCAAGAGCAGAUGUCGAUGAUGAGCGUGGUGACUUUGAAGAAAACGUGUCUGCUGUCGCUGAUGAUGGCGAACAUAUUUCUUCGCUUUUAACACAAGACAAACCCAAUUUCGAUCAGGCUGAUCGGGAGUUCCAGAAACGUUUCGUGGAAAACGAUUUCGGUAGUUUGGCAAUAAUCGGCCAAAUUAUCAACAUUCCAGUCGACGUGGCCCAGAUGGUAGGCGAACUUCCCCGCCAACUGGAUGACGACUAUGCUAUCAACGUGUGCAUCAAGAAACACUUCAUACACAAAUCAAGUUACUUGUCCGGCUACGUGAAGAAAGGUACCGUUAAAGCAUGGCUGAACUAUCUGGUUACUACACCGCUCUACAGGCGGAAUGGAAUUGUUUUCAAUGAAGAAAACUUGGCUGCGAUCGGACAAACAGAGCAGACGGAUAUUUCGGAGGAACGUAGGGCAGUAGACCUUGAAGUCGUCGACGAGAUGAACGAGGUAGAAAUGAUGAUUGGACAACAACAUACGCUCAUGUGGAAUGAAGACAAGUGUCUGGAACUUGCACCGGCACAAAAUCAGAAACCACUUUCCAUUAUCUACGAUGAGUUUGCUGAGGAGCUGUCUUUCCCUGAUAUUUAUCUUGGUCAUCCGAGAUGCUUCAACCGUGAAGUCCAUGUGACAGCGUUCAUGAUGGCUACUAGCGAGGUGCGACGUCGGGAUCGGCGGGGCGCGAGACCGGAGCAUAUUUUGUAUAUGGCCAUGAAAAUCAUGCGGCUGCGGGUAUCGGAAGGAUUGAACAAUACCUUUAAAUGCAUGGGCACGGCCAACAUAACAAGGGCGCAGUUGCAAGAUCGGGAAUUUUGGAAAGCUGUAUUGAGCCAAAGAAAACGGGAUGUUUUCGCCAUGAUCCGGCAGCUGGGGAAACCCACGAUGUUUUUGACGAUGAGUGCAAAUGAAAUUAGAUGGCCUCACCUACUAAGCAUUCUGCGGAAGCUUUCCGGUGGCUCUAACAUUGCGGAAAUGGACGAUAUUGUGCAACAGUUGUCUGCACUCCAGCGUGCUACACUUGUAAGCGAAGAUCCUGUCACGUGCUGUGCAUAUUUUCACAAGUUGGUAAACAUCUUUCUGCGCCUUCUGUCAUCGACCAGGUUGAGCCCGUUCGGCAAAUACCACGUUGUAGAUUAUUUUAAGAGGAUCGAGUUCCAGCAUCGUGGCAGCCCGCAUGCACAUAUUCUGCUCUGGCUGGCGAACGAUCCCCGUGAGGAUGUUUCCGAAAGAAUGCCCGCUACUGUUGAGUUGAUCGAUUUUCUGUGCUCCAUCAGAUCGGAAGAUCUGCCUGAGACCUAUGGCAAUCAGGUUCAUAAACACACGUUUACGUGUUUCAAGCGAAACGAUAAACGUUGCCGGUUUAAUAUUCCGUACUGGCCAAUGGAUCAAACCAGAAUUCUGAUCCCCAUUACAGCCGGGGAUGGCCGACUUCAACAGCUAAACAGAAAGGCAGCGAAAAUGCGAGAAGCUCUUGAAACGAAGGUCUACGAUAGCCUUGACGCGUUUCUCGUUGAUAGCAGUUGCACGUACGAUUACUACUUGGACGUGAUUCGCUCUUCCAUUCGCCGACCAACAGUUCUGCUGAAACGUUCCAUGACGCAGCUUUGGACCAAUCCAUUCAAUCCUUGGAUCGCUGAGAAGCUCAAAUCCAAUAUGGAUUUGCAGUUUGUGCUGGAGGAGUUUUCAUGUGCUGCUUAUGUUGUGGAAUACGUAAACAAGACCAACAGAGGCAUAAGUAGUUUACAUCGUGACCUCAUAAAGCUCCAGGAAGAGCAUCCAGACCAGGACUACAAUGGAUUGCUGAAGAAGGUCAGCAUAAAAAUGUUAAAUUCCGUGGAAAUGUCUGCCCAGGAGGCUGCUUGGUAUUUGCUUCGGCAACCGAUGUCAGAAGCCAGCCGCAAGGUUGAGUUUAUUGCGACAAUGUGGCCACAAGAGCGAAUAAAAUCCAAGAAGCGGAACAAACAGAUGGACGAAGAGGAUCUCGACGACAAUUCCACCGAUGUGUGGACGCUAAACAUCAUUCAACGGUAUGAACUGCGCCGAGGAAUGGAUGAUAUCUGCUUGGCGGAUUUCGCAGCAUAUUAUUCGGAAGAAAGAUCCACGAAGCAUUCAUAUAGACUCCGUUUAGUUCCCCGUGUAUUGCGUUGGUGCUCGUACAGUAUGGCGGAAAUGGUCGACUAUAAGCGUGAGAUGGUUCUCCUCUUCCUACCGUUCAGGAAUGAAGUCUGCGAUGUACUUGAUCGGAACAAGUUCCUGAAGUUGUAUGAAGACAACGAGGCCGCCAUUUUGGCAAAGCACAAGGAGUAUGACUGCGAAAUGAACUUGGAUCAGGUUGUGGAGGAAUACAUCCGCAUAUGCAGCGAAGACGAUGAGCAGCAGGUGAUUGCCGACCAGAAGCGCGAUGAGUUCGUCCGCACGAUCGUCAUGGAGCCGAAUGAUGACGAUAUUCACAACUUGCCAACAGGACCCUUGGCAGCUGUCGUCAAACAGCGAUCAAAUGUCUUGUCAAAGCAAGAAUAUUGUGAAAUGGUGCGUGCCACGAAUGCAGAGCAGCGGGAUUUGAUCGUGCAAGUAAUCCACAGCUUGCAUUCCUCUGAAGAAAACUGCAAACCAGUGCAAAUAUUCUUCACUGGCCCGGCGGGCUGUGGCAAAACGUUCACUUUGCGCAUUCUAAUGGAGACAGUGAACCGGUACAGCCAAGCUCAUAAUAAGCAGCACAACGCUUAUGUAGCAUGCGCAUCCACUGGAAAAGCAGCGGUCGCAAUAGGUGGAACAACAGUGCAUUCCGCAUUCCGGAUUUGCAUGUCGCGUAGGCAAAGCUCAAAGCUGAGUUUCGAGGCAUUACAACUGUACCGGAACGCCUUCGCCAACGUGAAGCUCAUCAUUAUCGACGAAACAAGCAUGCUGGGUGCUGAUGUCCUCAACACAGUACAUGUCCGGCUUCAAGAAAUCACGGGGAACUACGACGAUCCAUUCGGUGGAAUGCCGAUCGUAUUUUGCGGCGAUCUUCGUCAAUUGCCACCGGUCAAUGCACGGGCGGUGUUUAAACCGAGCAUAAACUCCAUGCAUGGCGCCGUUUUAUGGCAAUCUCUCGACUUCUACCCAUUGGUUCAAGUUAUGCGACAAACCAACGAGCAGUUCUUCAGCAUUCUCACAAAAAUUGGCAACGGUGAGCGGAUGUCGUCUGAGGAAAUUGAGCUUAUUGAAAGCAGGUUCCGUACGGAGGAGUGGUGUCGGCAGCAUGUCCCUCGAGGGAUCCGGUUAUUCCAUCGGAACGCUGAUGUCGAACGGUAUAACUCUGUGGCGUUGAUGGAUCGAGAGGCUGUCGAAUGUACUGCAGAUGACCUAUACUCUGGUUAUAAGGACAAUUCCCAGCUGGCCAGUGCUCGCACAAAGGUGCAUAAGAUGAGUGUAGUAGAGACUGGUGGCUUACCGUAUCUGUUGCGUCUUGUUCUUGGUACACCUUAUAUGCUGACCACCAACGUGGAUGUCGAAGAUGGCAUCGUGAACGGAGCGAUCGGAGAGCUCAUGCAUGUUGAGUACAACGAAGGAAACUCGCAGCAACAGGCAAUCACGAGGCUUUGGAUGGCAUUCGAAAAUGAGUCCAUUGGGAAGAUGUUGAGAGUGAAGGCCAGACCGCUGGUGUAUUCGAGACCUGGGGUGCUACAAACAGGCUGGACUCCAAUCGUCAAACGAUCGGCGAACGUAACCCUUAACGGUGGUGUUAAGUUCCAUAAGUCCCAGGGAGGCACAUUCUCGGAAGUCGUAUAUAAUUACGAUAAGGGUCAGGAACAGCAGCUAGUUUACGUUGGUCUUUCCAGGGUUACAUCAAUCGACGGAUUGUAUCUGACGAAUGCCAGUAACUCAUUCCGGUUCCACCACGGAAAGGACGAUAUCAUGGAAGCUAUAACCGCAAACAGGUUGGCUUGUACGUUGAUGAGCAUCAAUGUACAAAGUUUGAAUGCACACUCGUCGGACAUUGCAACAGAUCGGGUGCUUACCGCCGUUGAUUUGCUUGCAAUGAGCGAAACUUGGCUUGACAACGGCACAACCACAAACAUCAAUGGAUACCUUUGUGUUUGUCAAGAGAAGCGUGACGGAACAAGAGCGGGAGGAGCCGUUUCUCACGCCAUUACGAAGCUCAAUGAAAGCUAUGACCCAGUAUUGAGUGUAGCAGACGAAUAUGGGGACUGCUGUGCUGCAAAGGUUUCGAUCAUGGAAACCCGCACGUUACUGUUUGCGGUAUAUAUUUCACCAGGUACCACCCUGAAGCAAAAGAAAUAUUUCUUAGUGCGCAACCUCAUAAAGUACACCCAUGUUGCCAUGCCCGUGGUAGUGUCGGGAGACUUUAAUAUUGAUGUGACGAAAGAGGAGAACAGAGAUUUCAUCUGGUUCAUGAAGCAGUUUCUCUAUCUGGAUUGUGCUUCGGAUCCAACUAUAGCGACUACUCUGGGUGGCACAUGUCUCGAUCUAACGUUCACCCGGAACAUUCAGCCCAACAGUGGAUUGAUACAUCCUUCAACAUUCAUCGGGACCACGGCGUACAUCACUUCAAAAGGCUUCAAGCCAACAUAA